CUCGAAUUUCGUCAGAAUAAACUAAUUUUUGAAUCAAGUACAGUUGUGGUGUAACUGAAUAUCAUUGAAAGCAGAUUAAAGCCGAAAAGUAAGUAAUGGAGCUUGUUGCGCAGGUCCACAGGAUUCGCUGCUAUUUAUCUCCAGAGACGACAUGCCAGGAGAAUAGAGAAUCAUAUAACUGUAAUCUAAGCACGACGUGGCAAAGAUAAUGUUCGUUCGACCUGUUAGUGGACCAUGUUAUGUGUAGGAGUGCAAAAAUGCGAAAAAUGAAUUCCUACCACGCAAAUUUCCUUUAUUCCUCGUUGGCCAAAGUAGGCGUAGGAGGGCAUAAUACCUUGGAAAUUUUUUUGAACUCAACACGACCACCACUUCGUUCAUUUUUCUCUUUCCAAUGGAGUCACUUGAUCGUAAUGAGGGAAUGACAAUAAAAAAGGCCUACAUUUCAAAUGCAACUGGAAAAAAGCUUCAAGUAGAAGAGCGAAGGCAGCAAGCAAUGCUGUAGAUGUUUUUUGUAUAAGGUGGUGAACGCUUAAUUGGGUAGGAAUAAUCUAACAACAUGGAAAAUUUCAAUAACAUUAGUCAUACGUUGGAAUGUAGCCCUUAUUUCUACUCUUGUACCGGCAGAAACGAGCGCAGCAGGGUAUAGUAUUGUUAUGUUAACCAUAUCCAUACUCUAGACGCACGCAAUCAUAACAAGUCAAAAGGUUGAACCUCUCUGUGGGACUUACCAGUCAACACAACUAUCUCGUUAUCCCCUUUUUUUUGUGCCAAACGAGUUUAAAGUCUAGUCAUUUCCAGAAGUUAUAGACAUUUUAGUCCAGAUGUUGUGGCUAUAUUAACAAGGUGACUUUUAUAUUAAAAAUUGAAGAGCGCGGCGCCAUGGAAAAUUUUUAACCGGUGAUACAAACAGUAUUAACCACGCUUUACCACAUCCGCCAACGUACUGGUGGACGCUUCAUCAGUAACAGAUAAUGAAGUACCAGUCUUAUUCAGAUAACUUAAGCUUAAAAGGGACCCAAAUGCGAAGGAAAGCAAGACUCCUGAGAUUUACAAGCCGAUUAGAGCAGAAAGUUAGGGCAUCAACAUGAGGACAACACUGGCGAUUAUUUUUUUGCUUCUUGCUGGGAUUGACUAUACAGCCGCUACGAAACACAAAGCAGCUGCUCCCCCUAAAGAAGAUGGUGUGCCGAGUGGAAGCAGUGAAUGUGACCCGCCACUCAGGGACGAUUAUUGCCUCAAUGGUGGGACAUGUUUUAAGCUUCCAGGCGUCGCAGGUUCCCAUUGCGUUUGCCCGAAGGGUUUUGAAGGGAAAAGAUGUCAGGAUGUAACGAUUGACUUCGAUAAGUCUGGUGAAAAUUCUAACUAAUUGUGAAAUUGAGUUAAUUUGCUCGAUUAUAGAACAGAACUUUUCUGUGUCAAAUCAGAUUACAUCGUAUUUUAUCCUGAG